CGUACUGUCCUCUUUGCAGGCCAGCAAGCCGACCUUGACAGCUUUCCAAAUCCAUCACGUCUCGGAAUUCUCAACUUCUGCCAUUUAGACUGACGAUAACAUAACGUCGGGAUAUUCCCAUCACGCGUUACGGCACGAUACGAAAUCGCACCGCCGAGUAGUUUGCUAUAGCGCACUGCGACGCAUUUAUUUCGAGUCCAACAAUUUGUAUUCACUCGAUUCUCUUCGCUCAUUACUGGCCCUGUUUAAUUCUUUUUUCUUCUAAUCCCCCACGAACGAGAACUCCUUUCUUACUUCCGCAACCGCGACUUUAUUCGAAUAUUCGAUAUUUUGCGAACGAGAAACGUACCUAACCUAAUUACGCUAACGAUCUGCUCCAUUCUAUUCACGAGACGUUGGGCCAAUUGAUUUCCCCACCGUCGCAUCUUCUCCCUCUCCGACACAAGGUCGUAUUUCGUGGAGGGCACUUGGAACGCAAAUGCGCAUGUUGAGAAGUCGACCACAAACUAAACGGUGAAGACGGUUGCGAGGGCUGAACACCGUCAAUCUGCUAAGCCGGAAACUCAACUCUCCAUGAGUUGGCAACAGGUCUCCGCUAUGGGAAACGGUGGGAACGGAUCCGGUAUGUCGGGUGCUGGUGGUCUCGGUGGCGGCCAGGAACUAUCUGGCGGAGGAUUGCCCGGUAAUCCGUCAAAUCAGCCGCAUGCUACCGAGUAUACAUUACAAGGUGUUAUGCGCUUCCUUCAGACCGAGUGGCAUCGACACGAGCGAGAUAGAAACGCCUGGGAGAUCGAACGUCAGGAGAUGAAGAGUAGAAUAGCCGCCCUCGAAGGUUCCGCUAGAAGAGCAGACGCUACGCAAAAGGCGUUAAAAAGAUAUGUCGCUAUCCUAGAGAAGAAGGUCAAAGACCAAGCUGCGAAGCUGAAGGUUUCUUCUGCCGCUCCCGCCACGGACCACUCCGUGAAGCAACCUCAGAAGAUCGAUAGAGCUGCCUUGAUACAGGAGAAGCUCAAAUCAUCGGACGAGAGACUGAAAGAGUCGGUGCCCGGCUUGGAGGGUCUCGUCGGCGAACGUGUACAAGAGGACGAGGAGCGCGACAACCUUAGGGUCUUCUUGGACCAGUGCCAAGCCGAAUUUACCUACCUAAUGGUCUCACCCGCCAAUCCUAUGCCCCCUCGAGAAUCUCCGCCCUUGCCUAUGAUGGACGACUUGAGAGAGGGAGACUUUGGACUACCUAUCUCCCAACAACCGCUCGAUACCGCUUUCCAGGCGUUGAGACUUAGUCAAAACCACGCGAGGGAUCCGGCGCCCCGCCAGGGUGCUGCAAACACGAAUAAUCAUCACGGUCAGAGAAUGCCGCAUAACGUUAACUUGUCGACGCCAGAGAACCCGAAUUUACAAUCUGCCCCUAUGGUUCGGUCGGGGGAGAGUGCCGCCCCGAUGUAUUCGCACCCCGGCGAGUGGCCGGCCCCCAACCAACCGGGUGCUCGUAUGCAAGAAGACCCGAACGCAAAACCAAAUCAUCUUAACGAGCCUCCGCGCUCCGAGUUUAGUGAGAGUCCGUUAGAGAAGCGAGCGCCGAUCGAGGGGGAUGGCUGGGAUUUUGGCGAAGGAACCUUCCCCGAUACAGCUGCGGCGCAGCAAUUACAACCUCUUACGCACCGUCCGGACACGGACGCGUUUCCCAACGCUGACAGCGUACCCCAGUCUCCUAAUCGCGGCCCCAAUUCUCACAGGCGGAAGACCUCUAUGUCUCGCAGGAAAAGUGCGGAGCAGGAGCUCUCUCUAAAUGGUGCUGUGCAAAAAUCAGAGAGCGGUAGCUUCAAGUUGCGAUAUGGAUUGCGUGGCCAUCUUAAUACCGUCCGAACCGUAAUAUUUUCCGGAGGCGGAAGUCCCGGAGAGCCAGAAAUCUGCACAGCAGGCGACGACGGACUGAUCAAGCGUUUCCACAUUCCGCGCGAGAACCCAAGCCAUAUUGGGGCCGUGUCGUCCGAUCUCGAUGUGCCAGCUGACUUCACCCAUCGUGGACAUACCGGCGCCGUGUUAUCGUUGACGUCUUGGUCUCCUUCUCCUAAUUUUUCGACCGGCGGUCGUGCCCAAGGUGACGGAUGGAUAUUCUCCGGUGGGCAGGAUGCGACCAUCAGAGUAUGGGAACGGGGUAGGGUGGAUCCGAAGGCGACGCUCGACGGCCAUAGCGACGCUGUUUGGGCUAUAUGCGUACUUCCUGCGACUCUCGGCGCCGUUUUUGGCCAAUCAAACCCUUACGGCACCCCGGAUCGCAUCCUGGUCGCCUCCGGAGCGGCCGACGGCGCUGUGAAGAUCUGGGCCGUUAGUGCGCCGCCACAACUCACCUCACCUCAACCGGGGCCGCCAAGACGGAGCACCGGAAGCGGCCGAGUCAGAGGUAACUCUAUGAGCUCCGGAUCUCAGUUCCCAAGCUCUCCUCAACCAAACAUGGCUUCGAGUUCGCCGUUCCAUUAUACGUUGAUACAUGACAUCCGCCGCUCUAACGGAUCCCGGGCGUCACCGACGUGCAUUACUCCGUUAUCAGCCAGCGGGGAGGCAUUUGUAGUCAGUUAUUCGGACGCUGCUAUCAUCGUGUUCGAUACGAGGACCGGGGAGGAAAUUGGCUCCAUGGCUAGCCUCGAAACGUACGACAAUACAAUUGGCACGAGCGUCAAUGCCGUCGUUGCAACUACGGCGGGCCUCGAUCAAAGUUCUGGACCGGGCCUGGGUGACGAAGAGGCCGGUGGUCCAACUGGUGGUACGGGCACAGCUGGUAGCGGGGUCGAGGGCGUUAUUAUAUCAGGGCACGAAGACCGCUUUAUAAUGUUCUUUGAUGCCAAUAGCGGUCAAUGCACAUAUAACAUGCUCGCCCACCCGGCAUCGAUAUCGUCCCUGUCUCUUAGCCCUGACGGCCGCGAGCUCGUAUCUGCCGGCCACGAUGCAAGCCUUCGAUUCUGGUCCCUAGAAAAGCGAACCUGUACUCAAGAGAUUACCAGCCACCGAAUUAUGAGAGGAGAGGGCGUAUGCGCCGUCGUGUGGAGCCAAGACGGUCGAUGGGUUGUUAGCGGAGGGGGAGAUGGAAUCGUCAAGGUCUUUGCGCGGUAACGCGUACUACUACUUAAAGGUGUUCACAGGGAAUAUGCGAGGGGAAAUUUUGGUAAUAACAUGCCGCUCGGUUAAGGAGUUGGGGGAAGCUAUUCUUCGGCAGAACGAGCAUCUCACCCUAGACGGACGAGUUCAUCACGAUGCUCUCGACUAUUGCACAAGACGCAUCUACAGCGUUGGAGAAGCUGGUUAAUGCUGCAUGGCAAGGGGCUACAUUUGAGUCUGGUUAGGAAGACUCGUGUAUAAAAAGUUUACAAAACUUCAGAAUAAUGGGGGCGUGGCGUUCGCGCCUAGCAGACAUAGGAUUGUUCCAGACUUAUUCCUCUUAGCACUAUGCCUAGGAUAGAUAGUAAGUAGUCUGGUUGAGAUGUGAUUGAUGAGUUGAACGGAGCGGAGCCUAGGAUUGACGCAGGGGGCGGUGGAAAGGGGUGGCCGCGAAGUUCUUAAUGAGUUCUUGACGUGUAGAUAUGAGCAUCGCUUGCUAUUGCCAUUACUAUUUAUGGAGCGGAGCACUGUAAAAAAGAAGAAGACAUUAAGCGAAUCGAGUUGCAUUAUAGCCGUGGAACAUGAUGUAUGAGAAUUGAUUUAUGUGAAGGUUCCUUUUGGGUUAACACCAAUAAAUUUCUAUAAUGAACGCGUAAAAUUAUCUAUCAUUCAUAAAACCUGCGUUACAUGUGUCCG